AAUCACAGCCUGGAAGCUCAGAGGUUGGACCCGUUGGAGCCAGGACUCAGCCCUCUAAGGAGAGGGCGCUGCCCAAUUGCUGAUUCUGAGAAUGUCAAAAACAAAAACAAAACAACCAAAAUGCAGGCUAGAACCAGUUGCUGUUGCCCAGGUGACACUGAGAGAAACAGCAGGUCAACUAGAGGGAACACAAGUCUCUUCUUCCCUCCUAUUUUCCAGCCUCCUCUGGUCUAAUGCAACCUAUUAUUGAACCUAACAGAAAGCUAGCUGGAGAGAGAAAUGUAGUUUGCAGAGCUCCAGCAAAUCAAUGCAGAGUAUGCUGUGGUGCAUUUGCAGCUGAGAGACAAUCAAUGACCAAAUGAUUGAGAAACAGCUCUCUAAACAGUUGACAUCUGAGCUGGGUUCUGAAAAACGAAAAUAAGCCCACAUGUGAAGAGCUGGGAGAUGAGCUUUUCAGACAGGAAAUGGCUUAAGGAAUGCAACAUCAGGAAGGAGACAGAAGUAUGAUGAGGGAGUGGUGUAAGUGGUCUGAAAUAUAGUUGGAAAGAACUGAAGCCAGGAUGGAGCCAGAUCAUGCUCACAAAUAUAUAGGCUCUUGAGUUUAAUGCUAAAUAUAUACACAUACCUUAUGAUACAUGUCACAUAUUCUAAAAGCAUUAGGAAGGUACUGAACAUUUAAAGAAGAAAGAAAUCGUUUACUAAACAGUUUAAUACGAGGCACCAUGCUAACCAAGGUCUCCUGCAAACAAGCACCUCAUUCUUUCUGCCUCCUACACCUGUUCCUCUGCCUGUAGUUUGUUUCCAAGUUAAUGGCACCGUCAUUCACCCAGCUUCCCAAAACUCUGAGUCACCUUUUCUCUCCCCACAUCAGUGAGUCACCAAAUUCUAUGGACUCUACUAAUAGUUCCCAAGUUAACCCCCUCCUUUCCAUUGACACUGCCACUGCCACUACCAUGGCUUUAGUAUCUCCAGAAUUGCCCUUCCCAAAUCUAUCCUCCACUCUGCUCUCAGAAUAAUCAGUUCAGAACAUAAAUCUCUCCAUGUAACACUAUUUAUUAGAACUACUGGAGCAGAUGAAGUCUCAGCACCUAGUUAUGGCUUUCAAAGCCCUCCACAAUGUAGGCCCUUCUUCCAUGAACUUCAUUUUUUCUCUCCUCUUCAACUUUAUGUAACACCAGACCAUUUGUAGUUACCCCUCAAACCCUGUCAUUUCAUGCCUCUGUGCCUUUGCUCAGGCUGACCAAUCUUUCAGGAUUUAGCUUGGAUAUUAGCUCCUCCAUGAAACUGUCCCUAAAUCCCCCAAUUGGACUAAGUGCCUUUCAUCUGUGCUCUCAGAAUCCCCUGUCACCCCUCCAUCUUAUCGCUACAUAACACUGAAAUACUCUGUUUACAUGACCCCUUCUCCACUAGAUGGUAAACUUCUUGAGUGCAGAGACUGUUCAUCUUUGUGGUCCAGCAUGGCAUGAUGCACAGGAAAUAGUAAGUAUUCAUUACUGAGUUGACUGAAAGAAUGUACCUGGCAUUGCACUCACCAGGGACUGAAUGUGGCAGGAAACCUUCAUAUCCCAAGCUUAGGACAUGCAGCUAAGAAGAUCCCAUGCAGGCGUGAACAGGCAGGCCCAUCUCAUGAGGGACAAAGAGGGCUAAUUGCUCACAGACCUCAAUUUGACAAAGUGCCACAAAUUCAGACUUACAAUCUCCAAAUGAAGUUAUACAUACAGUUUUAUAUUUUGUGCAUCUUUAAAAGCAUUUCUUUCUUUCAAUAGAGAUAGGGUCUCACUGUGUUGCCCAGGUUGAUCUCAAAAUCCUGGGCUCAAGCAAUCCUCCUGCCUUGACCUCCCAAAGUGCUGGGAUUGCAGGCGUGAGCCACUGUGCCCGGCCUCAGCUCUGUUUCUAAGCAGUUUCCCUCUAAAAAUGCUAUAUUCUUUUGAUGCUUUUCUUCACAGAGGCUCAAAGUGCCUUAAAUACGUUUAAGUCUCUGAAACUUAGGAUACAGGGAAAUUGAAUAAUAAAUUAUCAAUUGAAUGAUCAAUGAUGUAAAAUAUGAUAUUUUUUCCGUGGUUAUACUAUUGCUAAAUUGACUUUUCUCUCCAAGAAAUCUUCUGAAAACUUCACACCACCACCUGAAUGCCCACUCCCGAGUGGUCGGGGCUCCACGGGAAUGCUGACUACACUUCCUCUCAGGGGCAGACCUGCAGGGCUGCUCCUCCCCAGUGCCCUUCUUUUCUUACUGCGAGACUAUGUCAGCACAUUAUGAUUAUGAUGCAGCAGCAAUAGAACAAUGCCCAGAGCAGCCUGGACUGCGCUCCUUUUACUAAGUGUUUAUUUGCCUGCUGGGUAGACAUAAACACCUGCUAAAGAAAUGUGAAAAGAGUGGAAACGUGCUGUUUGGAGAUUGUUUUCCUAGUCGACAUCCAGGAGAUCUCCAGAGAUCUAUUUCAGCCCCAUCUGUUGAUUUCAUCAUGAAAAAGAGGAAGCUCAAACUGAAGUGAGUUAAAAACUUCAUCUCCUAGAGAAGAUUGUGGCUCAGCCUGAGUUGAGUUUUUUAUGUUUAUAUGCAAGUGCAAUGAAGAAGAACACCAGCAAGUCUACCACGAGGAUCAAUGAGCAAGAUGCUCUCUGCACCCCACACUCCCAUGAUCCAAGAGAUCUUCAAAGUAUGUUGGAUGGAGGAGAGUAUGCCCCUUUUGUAUCUCCUCCCAUGUUAGAGAGCAAUUUUAUCCAGGUUAACAGGAGAGGUGAAUCUAUUUACCUUCAUAACCGAGCCAACUGGGUGACCGUAGGCAUCUGUUCUUCCAGUUCCACCCACAAGAUCCCUAAUGUGAUGCUACUGGCACAUCUGACACCUGGUGCCCGGAAAGAUACAGAACCCCUGUUUAAAAGUCUCCUGACAUCUCCUCCUGCAGAGAAACUGGUGCUCACCAGGUUUCUCCCUCUGCAGUUUGUGACUCUUUCUGUGCAUGACGCAGAGAACAUGCGCCUAAAAGUAAAGCUGGUGAGUGGUCGAGCCUACUACUUACAGCUCUGCACUUCUGCAUGUAAACAGGACACCUUGUUUUCUCAAUGGGUGGCCCUCAUCUCCCUCUUGAAUCAGGAGAAAGCCAAAGUUUCCAAAGUGUCAGAGGUUUCAAGUCUCUCAGGAAUUACGAAUAGCACAGACGUCACAGGCUCCAUGGAUGUGAUGGAUAUCACAGCAUUCACAGCCAUCCUGACCCCGUACAUGUAUGCAGGUAGAGGCCCUGAACAUGUCAGGGACAGCAUAGAUUUCUCAGAAUUCACAGACAUCACCGACAUCACAGAUGUCACAGACCUUCCAGAAAAUGAGGUCCCAGAGGUCCCGGAUAUAAGAAUUGUUACAGAAGUCAUAGAAGUCAGAGAAGCCACAGAAGUCACAGACAACUCUGAUAUUACAAACUGCUCGGGAGUCACAGUGGUGUUUGAAAACAAUGACUUAAUCAGGGCCAAGCAAGAGGAGAAGGAAAAAUUGAAAAACAUUCUGAAGCCUGGGUGUCUACAAGAUACAAAAAGUAAGAGUGAGCUGAAAGAAUCCUCAAAACAUGUCACCAUCUCAAACAUAACACUGACUUUUGAAGGUAAAAGAUAUUUUCAAACUACCUUGACUCCAGUAGAAAGUGAGGCAAAUACAUCCAAGGAGAUGGAGAAUAAGACCUCUGAAGAAAAGAUACCUGAUUUUCAGAGCACGGCUCUCGAGGCUGAAGAAUCCAGGAGCUUGAGAACUGAAUCAAACACUUCGGUUCUCUCCCCUCAUAUCAAAUCUCCUUCUAAUUUCCUCAAACUUGUGCCUCAUCUGUCUCCCCUUUUCUCAAGGGAAUGA